AUGAUAAAAAAAUAUUUGAUUAAUGAAGCUCUGGUAGUGUUAGUGCCACUUCUUCUUAUAAAAUUUCUUCUAUUAAAUAAAUUGUUUCUAUCAAUCAGUAAAUCUACUAUUCUUUCUAAGUUUGUAAAAGAAUCAGAUAAGUUUCUUUCAGAAUUAAAAAGAAACUGCCAAUUAAAACCUGAUUGUUGA